AUGAUCGAAAUUGAAGAAAUAGAAAGGGAAUGCUCACUUCCCAAAUAAAAUAAGCUAUUUAUCUGUACUUAAAAUCCAAGUAAAAGCUUUAUAAUGCCAAUAGAAAAGAGUGAUUAUAACAUCUUAACCCUAGAAAGACUUUAUGAUAAAGCUAAUAUUCUUUUUAACUCUAAGAACAGUCAUUUUGAGAUUAGCAAAUAAUCAUUUAAAAGCUUUUAUGCAAAAUAACCUGAUCUCGAUUAAAGAUUAGCAAAAACUUAAUUUAAUUUACUACCUAUUUACUUUUAAGAAAAACAAAUAUCAUUUGAACUUGAUAUAUAGUAUAGAGACGAUAUUAUCCAUUUAGUCCUACCUUCCGAUAUUUCAUAGAAAGAGUUAUUGAUUAAACUAUCUAAAUAGAUUAAUGUUCCAAUAAAAAACCUUUAUUUGGUGAAAGAUAAUUAGGCUAUAACAGAAAAACUUAUCAAAUUUUAAAAAAUAGAGUUAUACUCUACAGACAAUAUAAUUUACAUCGAUGACAAAUAAUAUUAGAUUGCUAUGGAUCUUCCUCUCAACGAAAAUCGUAUUUUAUUUGGGUUUAGACAAUUCAAUCAAAUUUUCAAAGAAAGAGUAAGCAUUAAUAUGGAAAAAAGUUUAAAAGAAUUAGGCUUUGCAAAUGGAGAAAAAUUUGUUUCAUUUAGUUUAAUAGACAUCUUUAUCAAUGAAACGUAGAUAUAAAUUACUAGUAAUUACUCUCCAAGUCAAAUAAGAAAUCUAUUUAAUGAUUUAUAUCCAAACGAAAUUGGAUUUAUUGCAUAAAGUUUGAAUAAUCAAGCUAAAAAGUUUUAUAAGGUAAAAUCCAGCUAAAUAUAUAUUAAAAGUCUAACUGGUGAGAUUUUUACAAUUGAUUGUGAAUGUAGUGAUACCAUUGAGAACUUACAAUUAAAAAUUUAAGAUAAAAAAGGUAUUCAUCGAGACUAAUAAAGAUUGAUUUAUGAUAAUAAAUAAUUAGAUGAUAAGAAAACUUUAAAUGAGUGUGGCCUUUUUUAAGAAGAUACGCUGCUAUUAUUGCUAAGACUAAGAGGUGGUGCAACUGCUUAAACUUUUGUAGAUCUUGAAAAUGAGAUUUCAAAAAAAAAAAUGCAAUUUUCAAAUGAUGCUCCAAUUUAUAGGUUAGCUUGUCAAGGUAUAAAUAUUGAAGGAUAUUGCAAAAAUAAAAAAUGCCCUUACUAUGAUAGGCUUGUGAUAUCUUAAAUUGGGUAUAAAACAAUUGAAUUAAUUUAAAAUAUUUAUGAAAAAAUUUAAUGCCCAAAUUAUUCAUGUAAAUGUUAUAUUGAAUUAGUAACAUGCGGAUUUACAAACUGUUAAUAUAAAUGGAGUGGGAUUAAAGUGGAAAAAGGAAAGGAUAAGCAUAUUCAUUCACCAAUGCUAUCAGCAUAACCUGAUAGCUAUACCAGAUAUAAUCCUGUUAAAGAUGAUGGAACUUUGAAUACUGCUUUAUGGAAACAACUUUUCUUAUUUGCAAAGCCUCUUGAAUCUGAUGAAUAAUUUAAGUGUUCUGUUUGUCUGAAAUCUAUCGCAGAAGAAAAUGAAAUAUCUACAUUUGAGCUUUGUUAAGAUAAAGAAAAGCAUAAAUGCCACAAAAAUUGCUACGAAAAGAUAUCUAUAUUAUUAAAAAUGUGUCCAUUAUGCAUAACAAUAACAUGA